AUGUUUGUGGAAGUCCUGCCCGAUCCCCUUGAGCUAAAUAAGUAUGUAGGCUUUGUGGAGGACAAUGGAUCUGGCGCGAUCGCCACUUUCAUGGGGGUGACACGUGACAACUUUGAUGGGAAGAAAGUCUUGAGCCUGUCAUAUGAAGCUUACGUUCCGAUGGCUGAAAAGGAGAUGCAGGUAAUUUGCAGAAAAGCGCACGAUAAGUGGGACUUGAAGAAGAUGGCUGUGGCACAUCGGAUUGGACAUGUCGGUGUUGGGGAGCCGAGUGUUAUCAUUGCAGUCUCAUCAGCACACAGGAGGGAAGCUCUGGAGGCGUGCCACUGGGCCAUCGAUGAGCUGAAAGCCACUGUUCCCAUAUGGAAGAAGGAGCUCUAUGAGGGCGGUGAAGUCUGGAAAGAGAACAGUGAAUCCCGCAAUGCACAGCGGAGUGAUCAAGUAUAG